UCACAUCCACUGCAGGCUUGAUUGUAGAGUGCUGCGUAGUUAGGUACACAUUGCAUUCUCGCAUCUUCGUGUUUUAUUUUGUCUUUUCGUUUUUUUUUGCUUCGGUUAGUCAGUAGAUAUCGAAAACCAUGAAAGAACGAAGAAAUGCACAGCCGCUGGUCGUCAGAUGUAAACUGGUGCUGGUUGGGGAUGUUCAAUGCGGGAAAACUGCGAUGUUACAGGUUCUGGCGAAGGAUUGUUAUCCGGAGACGUAUGUUCCCACGGUGUUUGAGAACUACACGGCCUGUCUCGAGCUAGACGAUCAGCGCGUUGAACUGAGUUUAUGGGACACGUCAGGAUCUCCAUACUAUGAUAACGUAAGGCCCCUGUGCUACAGUGACUCUGAUGCAGUGCUUCUCUGUUUUGACAUCAGCCGUCCAGAUAUCUUCGACAGUGGACUUAAGAAGUGGAGGACUGAGAUCCUUGAUUUCUGUCCCAGUACUCGUAUACUCCUCAUCGGCUGCAAGACAGACCUUCGCACAGAUGUCUGCACACUGAUGGAGCUGUCCAAUCAGAAACAAACACCGAUCACUCAUGAGCAGGGCUCUGCCAUGGCCAAACAAUUGGGCGCAGAGGCUUAUCUUGAAUGUUCAGCCUUCACUUCUGAGAAAAGCAUCCACAGCGUCUUCCGUACAGCAGCGCUGGCCUGCAUCAACAAACUCCAACCGCUGGCUAAACCCAGCCCCAACCGCCGGCUGUCCAAACGUCUCCUCCACCUACCCAGCAAGUCCGAGCUCCUCUCCUCCACCUUCAAGAAGGAGAAAGCGAAGAGCUGCUCCGUAAUGUGAGUGGAGAUUUCGGCUCCCCCAAAAAGCUACACCAUUCCCUGCGCUUUGGUCUGGGGAAGGGGGGUGGGCUCCGAUUGCCACAUGAUCGAUGUGCGGGAUCCUUCCUCACCCCCCCAAAGAAACACCAAUCAGAACAAGUGGACACCCUGCUGUCCUCCUUGUCCUGAGUUCUUCAACAGUGCAUACCUGUUUUUUCAGUAUCCUGCUUUCUCAAAUGAGGUUCGAUCAUCAGCUGUCAUCUUUUCACUCCUUGCUGUUGCACCAGUGUUAUUGUGCCAGUUGAAGCUCGGAAUGAUUCAACUUAGUAAAUAGAAAACAAAUGUUUAAAAAAGGUCCCAAUGACGUUUCGUACAAUGUAAACGUACAGUGUAUAAAUAUGACCUCUCCAAUGUGAGAUUCAAAAUGAAAUGUUUUAAAUACAAUAUGCACUAGAGACUAUAGAUGGGAGAAUCGCUCCAGGUGUUGUGGAGCAGUGUACGCGGCCCAGGUCGUGUUGAGAAGGAACUGAUGCGUAUUUAGCAUUGUCAUGCUAGGUUUCAUUGGCUGCUGUGCAGGAAGUAAUAUGUCAUUUUUUGUUUUUGGGAGCCGACUGCUGUUGUGGGCUGAAAAUGAGUAUAGUCCAAAACAAGGGCCAAAAAUAUUUGUAAAAAAGACUCUUUUUAAUGUUACCAAAGUCACACCGUUCCCUCUGGUGAAAUACUGAAAGCUUCUAUUUUUAGAAGCAUUAACUAUCUAGCGUUUGCCGGGUUGUGAGGACCAUCACGUUGAUGAUGUGUCUCCACGACCCCUGCUGCUGUAGUGUAGGCAACCACGAAUCUGUGCAGCGGUGUGGGUUUGCGAGGACUCUAUCGGAUCGAAUUUGGCACGAUUAAUGUUAUUUUAUUCUCGAAAAUGACCUCCUGAUAUUGUAGCACUAUGUUGAUAUUCGCUAUCAUCAAAUCGCCUGACGUGUGAUCAGACCAGCAGAUUUGUUUAGUUUGUCAUGCAUCCGUGUGGCAUCUAACGUAGCAUUUUAAAGUAGAACCUCAAUUUUUACAUCUCUAUAUCGAUGCUCAUGUAUUGACCUCCUUCACAGCGUUACUUACUGAAAUAUUUGUUAAUCGUCCAAUAUAUAAACGUUUGGACAGGAAAAUACUUUAAGCUUCAUGGUUUUUGUGCAGAGUGCUGAAUUUGAAGUCUGCUUUACACCACAAAGCAAUAAUUACGGUUCUCAUAAUUCAAAGUAUGUGAAGUGGCAAUAAGUAAAAAUAAAAAAAAGCCUGCUAUUAAUCCGUGCUACUGCUUUGUGGACAUACGUACAGUAUAUGUAUGUGGAAAUACAUCACUGCUGCUGUAAAAAGGCCAAUAUUGUGAUUCUGUUGAGCUUUUGAUAGAGCAAUUACAUAACAUCUUUGGGUCGCAUCCAACUACUGGAGUACCAUUUGUGUUUCGUUCAUAAACGUAUGGGGGUUGGUUGCAUUAAAGACAGAUGGACUUUGAAUGGAUUGAGGCAGGACCUUUUUAAAUAAUGGAACAGCUUUUGGGGUAUAUUUGUGAGAUCACGAAAAUGCAUCUUUUGGAACAAAGUGGACCAGGCUGGCCCUGAUUAAUAAAAUAUAUUUUUGCCAUUUUUAGAUUCAAACUGUUUGUCAUUUUCUCUUAUUUCGGUUCACAAAUCAAUAUUUUUCUCGUCGUGUCAAAUCAGCAGUGAUGGAAGUGGGCUGCCGGUGUGAUUUCUUUGCUCCAGUGGCUGUUUACAGACUCCACAACUGUGACCGCAACCCAAUUUCCUUUGCAUUGUCUUGUAACUGCAGUUUUUGGGGGGGCGGGGGGUUGAUGGACAGUGCAUAAACAUGUCACUGGGCGAGACAUUGUAGCUGCUGAUUUACUUGCAAACGUGUUUAAUAAAAGGCUCUGUGUAACCUGAGAAAGCCAGAUGAUUCAUCAUAGAUAAAUCUCUCUGACGUUGAGUCAUUACACUGCCUUUGCACAUCAUCGCGUACGAUUAAACUUCAAGCAUGUACUGUAGUUCCUCAGUUGUACAGAUCCUGUUUUGUAAUCUUUGUUAGACAUGUCAAAGAAUGUCACGAGAUUAAUAUUUGUUCAUGUCGUGGAUUGACAAAGAUGUGCUUGAUGUAAACUUGCUCGGUCUUAUUUAUUUUGAUUCAUCAUUUGAGGUGAUUUAUGUUUGUGUUGUACACAGUUUUGUUUCCGAACAUUAUUUUUUUGGAAUUAUUGACUUUCUCCUUUCUUUGUCUUUGCAGUAAUAAAGCUUGCCUUUGUGUGGCACACAUGA